AUGUUGUCUUUCUGUGUGUCUGAUAACGUGAAAGUGUGGCGGGUCCUAGUUCUAUGCGACGAUGAACAGCUGUGCAGCGACAAAGAGCGCUUUGCCAGGUCGGAUGAUGAGCAGAGCUCUGCGGAUAAAGAGAGACUUGCCAGGGAAAAUCAUAGUGAAAUAGAGCGGCGGCGGCGGAACAAGAUGACAGCUUACAUCACAGAGCUGUCAGACAUGGUGCCCACCUGCAGUGCUCUGGCUCGCAAACCAGACAAGCUAACCAUCUUACGCAUGGCCGUGUCUCACAUGAAGUCCUUGAGGGGAACUGGCAACACGUCCACUGACGGCUCCUACAAGCCAUCUUUCCUCACUGACCAGGAGCUGAAACAUUUGAUCCUGGAGGCAGCAGACGGCUUUCUGUUUAUUGUCUCGUGUGAGACUGGCCGGGUGGUCUAUGUCUCUGACUCAGUGACUCCUGUACUGAACCAGCCGCAGUCUGAAUGGUUUGGGAGCACGCUGUACGACCAGGUGCACCCAGACGAUGUGGAUAAACUCCGAGAGCAGCUCUCCACUUCAGAAAAUGCCCUGACAGGGCGGAUCCUCGAUCUGAAGACUGGAACAGUGAAAAAGGAGGGUCAGCAGUCUUCCAUGAGGAUGUGCAUGGGCUCAAGGAGAUCCUUCAUUUGCCGAAUGAGGUGUGGCAGUAGCUCCGUGGACCCCGUCUCCAUGAAUAGACUGAGCUUUUUGAGGAACAGAUGCAGGGUAAAGAACGGACUCGGCUCUGUGAAGGAAGGAGAGCCUCACUUUGUGGUCGUGCACUGCACAGGCUACAUCAAGGCCUGGCCCCCAGCAGGUGUCUCCCUCCCAGAUGAUGACCCGGAGGCUGGCCAGGGGAGCAAAUUCUGCCUAGUGGCUAUUGGCCGGCUGCAGGUGACCAGCUCUCCCAACUGUACAGACAUGAGUAACAUUUGUCAACCAACAGAGUUCAUCUCCCGACACAACAUAGAGGGUAUUCACCUUGUCGAUCAUCGCUGCGUGGCAACUGUCGGCUACCAGCCACAGGAGCUCUUAGGAAAGAAUAUUGUAGAAUUUUGUCAUCCUGAAGACCAGCAACUUCUAAGGGACAGCUUUCAACAGGUGGUGAAACUAAAAGGCCAAGUGCUGUCUGUCAUGUUUCCGGUUGCUCUAAGGCCCCGAGAAUGGCUCUGGAUGAGAACCAGCUCCUUCACCUUCCAAAACCCGUACUCAGAUGAAAUUGAGUACAUCAUCUGCACCAACACCAGUGUGAGGAACUCUAGCCAGGAACCACGGCCUGCACUGUCUAACACAAUCCAGAGGUCACAGCUGGGUCCAUCUGCCAAUUUAUCCUUAGAGAUGGGCACAGGGCAGCUGCAGCAGCAGCAGCAGCAGCAGCAAACAGAACUGGAUAUGGGGCCAGGACGAGAUGGGCUGGCCAGCUACAGUCAUUCCCAGGUUUCUGUUCAGUCUGUGGCAACUGCAGGACCAGAACACAGCAAGCCCCUUGAGAAGUCAGAGGGACUCUUUGCCCAGGACAGAGAUCCAAGGUUUUCCGAAAUCUAUCCCAGCAUCAGCACAGAUGAGAGUAAAGGCAUCUCCUCCCGCACUGUCCCUGCCACCCACCAGCUGUUCUCCCAGGGCAGCUCAUUCCCUCCCACCCCCCGGCCGGCAGAAAACUUCAGGAAUAGUGGUCACCCUCCUGUAACCAUUGUCCAGCCAUCAUCUUCUGCAGGGCAGAUGUUGGCCCAGAUUUCUCGUCACUCCAACUCUAGCCAGGGAGCAAGCCCCCUUGGACCGCGAAGCACCCGUCCAGGCUUCUCCGCCCAGCAAGUGUCCACCCAGGCUGCAGCCAAAACGCGUUCGUCCCAAUUUGGUGUGAGCAGCUUUCAGACUUCGUCCUCCUUCAGUGCCAUGUCUGUGCCGGGUGCUCCCACCGCGUCACCAGGCACUGCUCCUACCUACCCCGGUCUCACCAGCCGUGGGGCCAGCUUCCCUCCUGAGGCUGGACAGACUGCAGGACAGUUCCAGGCCCGGACCUCAGAGGGUGUGGGUGUCUGGCCGCAGUGGCAGGGCCAGCAGCCUCAUCAUCGGUCCAGUUCCAGCGAGCAGCACGUCCAGCAAACCUCAGCACAGCCCGCCCAGCCUGAGGUCUUCCAGGAAAUGCUGUCCAUGUUGGGCGACCAGAGCACCAGCUACAACAACGAAGAAUUUCCUGACCUAACCAUGUUCCCCCCCUUUUCAGAAUAGAACUGUUGGGGUGAGGAUAAGGGCGGGGGGAAAUCACUGUUUGUUUUUAAAAGCAAAUCUUCUGUAAACAGAAUAAAGGUUCCUCUCCCUUCCCUUCCCUCACCC